CGUUGCGUGGCAUGUUGUUUCCCCCUACUAUACCCUGGACGCAGGCAAUCAUAACUCCUGCAAAGCGGCUUAUAGAGAGCUCAGCAUUUAGUGAGUUGAGUGGGUUGAUCUUGAAAGGCAACGGUUACCUUUUAGUGGUUAAUCUCCACGCCACUUGCCCACUCCGUCGCUUUUACUUUGAUCUUGGCCUUCAGCCGGGCUCGAGCAGUUGAACUUUAUUCAGUGAACUCGAUGGAAUUUUUUUUGGCGUUUUGUCACGCCCUCGGGACAAGGCUGAUGCCGUUUUCUUUCUCAAUAGGGUUAUUUGUUGGCAGAGCAAUAACGAUCGACUUGAGAAGGAAAAAAAAAGGAAAAAAAAAUAAAAAGACAAAGGUGAAUCCUUUCCGUUCGGGGAAUCCCCGAGGAAGAGCCGACAUCCAUCACAGUGUUGCAUUCAUUCUACUAACUCAGGUCGGCCCCGAUCGACGGAUAUCCAUUGGCUACGAUGACCAAGUCAAAUUACAUGCUUAUCAGCUUAUCGUUGUUAUCUCUCCAUGUCAUCAUGGUUGCUGUGUGGACAAUGGAAUUAAUAUGUUAUGAACCACUAGCACGGUGGGACUCGUGCGGUUGUCUAUCCCGUGGGGCCGUACGACAAUAGAGAAAGAAAACAAGAUACCAC